AUGUUCGUGAGGAGGUUCCCAAUCUGUGCGCCGCUCUCCUUCGCGAGGAGAUACAUUGGGGACCAUAACAGAAUUUUCGACAAGCUGAAAGAAAGCGAAAGAGUGGGACCCCUGGACGGGGGAACAAGUGAAUACGUGUGUAACCAGGACAGCGAUGACGAUCGAGUGGAAAUAAUUAACAUUGACGAGAGAAUCCUUCGGAAUGAGAACAUCCCCUGGGGGGAGGUAAAACAAACAGAGGAAGAAAACAAAGACGAUCUACACAGAGAAGGCGAAUUCUACAAAAACAUGAGGUACUUUAAGAAUGUCGAUGUGAAAAGCUUCAUCCAGGAAACGAUUGACUAUUACACAUUUAGGCAGCUCGGAGGGGAUGAGUGCACAGCGAGGGGGCGACUCCAAAUGGGAACGGGGGAAGAAAGAUUUUACGAAGAAAACAAGGAGAAGCUGAUAGCAGAGAGUAUGAAGCAGUACAACGAAAGGAGGAUGAAACUGGAUGGAGGGAAUAACCCUCACUUUGGGGGACAGUCAAAUCAGGGGAAAGAAGCUGAAGAAGAUUAUUAUCACACCCAGGUGACGGACCCGAUCGUGAGGCAGAAGGAGAAUUACCUGUUUGACCACGAAGAUGAUGAAGGGGAAUCAAACGGUGACGAAGGUAGCAGUGAAGCAGAUGACAGUGUCGAAUUGGAGAAGGGAGUCAUGCCCACCAUCGAACAGAUCGUCUUUAUCCUGAAGCAUGAAAAGGUGAAAAAUAUCAAAGUAAUCGAUUUGGACAAGUGUGGACGGAGAGAUAUCGGUAUGUUUCUGAUUCUGUGUACAGGAGAAACACCUAGACAUAAUAAAAGAGUGGGGAAAUUAAUUAGCAGAGUUUUUGUAGACCUAGAAAUACCAUUCAUUUCUAAAGUAGCCUACUGCUACUGUAACAAAUUUGAUGACUGGAUUAUUGCUCACUGUGGUCCUCUCAAAGUACAUGUAGUCACUAAAGAGUUGCGAGAUGUUUACGAUUUGGAAAAUCUUUUUCUUUAUCCUCAUGAGCAUUUCGAUAGUGGGAAUUUCCCUGCCUUCUUUGAUUACACGCCUGGCAUCCCUCCCCCCUACAUCGUCCGUAGUAACUCCUCCCUCGACGCCUACCCGAAUGACGACCUUUACCGGAAGUUCCUUACGGACGCGUGA